UUGGUCUAAUCUCAAUAAAAGCAGUGUGUCGUGUUAUGAUACGUCUCUGAUAACGUGCCGGCUCCAGUCGCCGCGGACUCUCUGAGCGGUUCGCUCGUCGCCUCUCGCUCGUUACGACUCCCGACUCCCGACUCCCGACUGGACAGAAGUAAUCUGCCUAAUACACAGAGAUAUCUCCAUAGUUCGAGAGACAAUUCCGGAGCUUUAUGUGGGUCCAGUGCGGGGUCACAGUCAGCGUGUUGGUCCUCCACUCUCCAUCCUCCGUCCCCAGAGCUCAGAGCUCCGUCUUCAGUCAGUGUGUGUGAGGAGGUCGCAGGAGGUACGCGUGUCGUAGGAGUGUCGCGUCGUUAUAAUCUGUUCGUUAGUUUGAUGAUCUCAACGCGACCGGUGAUGUGAUGAAAGUUAUAUUGAACUGUUUUUACAGUGAUGAUUUAAUUACACUGCUAGUGAAGCGGUGUUCAGUGGAAAAAUGUUAUAAUUUAAUUUCUUCCCUGUUUCUGUGAUUUAAAUUAUUUUGACUUAGUGAUUAUACAUUAUAAAACGAAAUUUUAAAGACAACGUUUGAGAGAACUUUGUAAGAACUAUAAAAUUAAAAAAUAUAUGCAAAUACAAAAAGAGGGUACGAAAAAGAAGAAACGGGCUAUGUAUUACAACCAAUUGCACUCCGUAACUUGAAUAAUGAAAAAAAUGUCACAAGACAAAACCUCAUUAAUGUACAAUUCAACACAUCGUGUCUAAAAGACGGCGGAACUUUCAGAAACAAUAAACGAUCUUAAACAACUUUUGAAAUAUCGCCCUCCGAAGAACUUUUACAAUUUGAGGGACGGAUUGCGACGCUGAAUAUUUUAAGGAAAGACUUUCAGGAAAUAGAGAUAACUGUCCGCCGUCUGUCAUUCGCUUCAUUGUGUCCGUGCGUCGAACAUCCGACUCGCGAUGGACGACCCUGAGCGGAUCGCACGCGAAGCCGCACUAUGCGAGCGACUCAAUAACGACACCGCGCCACCAUCAGGUGUAUACUGUAAAGGGACGUUCGACUCUUGGUUAUGUUGGCCGCACACAUCCGCCAACUCCACCGCUUUCGCCGCCUGUCCAGAGUUCGUGCCCGGCUUUAGUCCCGAACUUUUUGCACAUAAGGAAUGUACUGUUAAUGGAACGUGGUGGAAUCAUCCAGAAACGGGAAGACCCUGGUCGAAUUAUACGACUUGUGUGAAGCCAGAAGACGAUGUCAGCGAUAUCAUCGCGGUAUACGAGACAGGCUACAGCGUCUCACUGGUUGCUCUGUUAGUGUCUCUGGGAAUACUGUCGUACUUCAAAAGUCUACGAUGCGCCCGAAUUACUGUUCAUAUGAAUCUGUUCACUUCUUUCGCCUUCAACAACGCCCUGUGGCUUGCGUGGUACGCGCUAGUUGUUAGGUCACCGGAAACGCUCCGGGACUCCCCGGUGUGGUGUCGUCUGCUAAAUUCAACGCUUCAGUAUGCACUCCUCACCAACUAUACUUGGAUGCUCUGUGAAGGCCUGUACCUUCAUACCGUUUUGGUGAGCGCGUUUGUAUCCGAGCGGCGGCUGGUGCGGUCGUUGUUAGCAGCUGGAUGGCUGCUGCCGGUACUUCCUGCCGUCAUACACGCGGCACGCCGGGCCGCUGCCGGUGAGCCGUUAUGUUGGGCCGACGAGGGAGCACCUCGCCCAGAGCUGGCCGUUCUGGUGUGUGUGGCCGUAUUGCUCAAUCUGGCCUUUUUAUGCAACAUCGUUCGCGUUUUAUGUACAAAGCUGAGGGCAGGCGGCGGUGCAGGCGUAGCAAGACCCUCUGCCACGGCGCUACACGCACUGCGCGCUACUUGCCUUCUAGCUCCACUUCUCGGCUUGCAGUAUUUGCUGACGCCGUUCCGUCCUCCGCGUACCGCUAGCUGGUGGCUCGCUUACGAAUACCUGUCCGCUCUCACAACAUCUCUCCAGGGCCUCUGUGUCGCUGUACUCUACUGCUUCUGCAACGGGGAGGUACUAGCACAACUGCGACGUCGUUGGCGCAUUUUAACUUUUCGACCGAGAGCCAAUUCUACGACAAACACUACGGUAUCGUUCGUCCGCUCGGCCGGUGCGGGAGCGGGUGAGGAAAAAGUGUGACUGGCGGUAGGCGGCGCGGGCACUGAGGAGGACCCAGAGGUUGAGGGUGAUGGAGAGGCAGAGAGUGCGGGGAGAGGGAGACGCAUUCGCUUUCAGUGUGCCGAGAACGGGGAAGACGCGCCGCCACAUACAAGACUACUUUAGGUGACCUACUUGUGUGGAGUACAGACAUGGAUAGAUGUGUUAAAUACUUAUUAAGUUUUACUUGGAGGUGCCAACAGACAUAUAAAUGAACAAAGUGUUGAGAAAGAAAAUUAAUGAAAACCUGAUGAAUAUAAAUAUCGGUACAUUUUAUUAAAUUAUGAUGUUUUAAAAGUUUUGUAAAUUAUGUAUAAGGUUGUAUGUGAAAAAUGUUCAAGAUUUAUGUAAAUAAAAUUUUAUUAUGUUUACUAAAUAUUUCUAUAUUUUGUUGAGGUGUGACGUUUGACUAAAAAACCGAUCAUUUCAAAGCUUAUAUUAAAAUGAUUUGAAGUAAAUUCAUAUAAUAAAAGUGGAUUAUUGAAUAGUUAAGUCAUACAUUAUUUUUUGACAACAUAAAAUCUUUGUUUUAAAAGUAUAUAUAUAUAAAGUACGUACUUCCUUGUACCUCAAAAUAAAAAUUAUAUUCGAUAUAUUGUCAGCUAUAUUGUGACAUGUACUGAUUAAUGAAUAUUUACUGUUAAAUCGAAACACUUUAAUUCUAAAACCGUUCAUGAAUAUUCAACAAAAUCAUCAACUAAAUCAUGAAGUAAAUAAUAUUAUUAAUAAUUUGUCCAACUCUUAUUACCUAAUAAAUUAAAACGAACAGACAGACGGGUAUACUUUAAAAGAAGGACAACUGUAAUAUAAAGACGUUUUUGUUGUUUCUUUUUAUAAAUUCUUGUGGAACAGCUUUGACGUGUUUAUUGUAAGUAAUUAAAAUAAAAUGUAACACAUAUAAUGUAAUGAAAUUUGUAAAAUACAACAUUUUAUGUUAA